AUGCAUGUUCGAAAAUCAUUUGCUCGAUCUGUUUCUUCUAUUUCAUUAUAUUCGCAUUUUGCAGGUGAAAGAUUUGAUCAUCAUCAUCAUCAUAGAUCUAAAAGCAGCAGACCAGCUUCAUUGAAAGAAGAAAAAGAUGCAAGUUGUCAUUCAUCUACAAGCGAAGACGAAGAAGAUGCUCCUAAAGCAUCCGUGAGGAAAGCCAUGUUUAUGUUUCUCAAAGCCUUCAUUGGAUCUGGUGUUUUGUUUUUGCCUAAAGCGUUUGAUCAUGGUGGACUUGCGCUUUCUAUUGUGUUGAUGGCUCUGAUUGCCCUGAUUUGUCUUUAUGCCUUUUUACAGUUAUUUAAGACCCAGUUAAUCAUUGGCGGAUCUUAUGGGGAUGUGGGUCAAGCUUUGUUUGGAAAAUCAGUGCGAUACAUUGUGUUGUUCUUUAUCGUUAUUUCUCAGUUAGGCUUUGUAUGUUCUUAUUUUGUAUUUAUUUCAGGAAACUUGGUGAAUGUUGCUGAUGUCUUGUCUCAAUGUGCAUUUCAGAUUGAAGCAAAGUAUUAUAUCUGGUUUCCCUUGAUUGCCAUUGCACCUUUGGUCUUGAUUCGACAUAUUACCAAACUGUCCUUUUUAGCAAUUAUUGCUGAUAUCUUUAUUUUAUUUGGAUUAGUGUGCUGUCUUUAUUUUACUUCUAUGGAAUUGAAGCAGUUUGGCAUAGGGCCGGAAGUUAAAGCAGUGAAUCCUACUAGUUUUGCAUUGAUGAUUGGAACUGCCACUUUCUCAUUUGAAGGCAUAGGAUUAGUCAUUCCUAUUGUCGAAUCCAUGAAACAACCUGAACGGUUUCCAUUUGUUGCCACAGUUGGUAUGGUCAUUGUCUGUACGAUCUAUAUCAUCAUUGGCAGUAUUUCUUAUAUGGCCUAUGGUAGUCAUAUUCAGGCUGCUGUGGUCUAUAAUUUCCCUCAAAACAAUCCACUUACAGUGGCAGUCCAAUUAUUGUAUUCCAUUGCUAUUGUACUAACGUAA